GUACGUUAAGAUGUUUGUGGCUGUUUGUUCAUAUGGUUAUUAUUUUCUUAAGUUCCCUUUUAUGUUAUUACAGAACUCAUACAGCUGUAAAAAUUGCUCCACGGUAUAGUGCUCCUGUCAUUCAUGUUCUGGAUGCUUCCAAAAGUGUGGUGGUUUGCUCUCAGCUUUUAGAUGAAAAUCUAAAAGAUGACUUUUUUGAAGAAAUAAGAGAAGAGUAUGAAGACAUUCGACAGGAUCAUUAUGACUCACUCAAGGAAAGAAAAUACUUACCUUUAGAGCAAGCAAGAAAUAAGCGCUUCUAUUAUGACUGGCAAAAUGAGACUAAACCAGUUAAACCACAGUUCCUUGGCACUAGAGUCUUUGAAGAUUAUGACAUACAGAAGCUGGUGGAAUACAUUGACUGGAAACCAUUUUUUGAUGUCUGGCAGCUUAGAGGCAGAUACCCCAACCGAGGAUUCCCUAAAAUCUUCAAUGAUAAAGUGGUGGGAGAAGAGGCAAAAAAAGUCUACAAUGAAGCUCAAAACCUGCUGAAAAGUUUGAUUACAGGAAAUAAACUUAAAGCCAAAGGUCUGAUUGGGUUUUGGCCAGCUCGAAGCAUUAAAGAUGACAUUUACUUAUAUGACACAGAAGAGGAUGUACAAACUUCCGAACCAAUAGCUAAGUUCUAUGGCUUACGACAACAGGUUGAAAAAGACUCUGCUUCCACAGAUCCCUAUUAUUGCCUAUCUGACUUUAUAUCCCCCCUGGAGUCUGGUGUUUCUGACUAUUUGGGGCUCUUUGCUGUGGCAUGCUUUGGAGUAGAUGAGCUGUGUAAAGAAUAUGAGAAACAGUCUGAUGACUACAAUAUUAUCAUGGUGAAAGCACUAGCAGAUCGGUUAGCAGAGGCAUUUGCAGAGGAACUUCAUGAACGAGUUCGGAAAGAAUUCUGGGCUUAUUGUGAAAACGAACAGUUGGAAUUUUCAGAUCUCCGUAGAAUAAGAUAUGAUGGUAUUCGCCCAGCACCUGGUUAUCCAUGUCAGCCUGACCACACUGAAAAAAUCACUAUGUGGAGACUUGCCAAUAUUGAGGAAGUUACAGGUAUUCAGCUAACCGAAUCCCUAGCAAUGUUGCCUGCCUCAGCUGUGUCUGGUCUCUACUUUUCCAAUCCGGCAUCUAGGUAUUUUGCUGUUGGGAAAAUAUUGAAAGAUCAGAUUGAAGACUAUGCCUUAAGAAAAAAUAUGCCUGUGGCAGAAGUUGAAAAAUGGCUUGGACCAAUUCUUGGAUAUGAUUCAGAGUAACAAAAUGGGGUGGUUGAUUGUUUGGGUGGUAACCAGAUGAUAUUCAUAACAGAAAACAUUCACAAGCAGAAUAGGGAGGAUUUAUGUGUGUGUGUGUGUG